UGGUAGUCCCAAUCAUGCAAGCAAAAGUGAUGGCUCCCGUUUUUGUGGCAUUUGUCGUGGCUCUGGCAGCCGUCUCGGUGGUCACUUCUCAGGAACUUGUGGUCUGCCCUGUGGUGGACGACGAGAGUGUCAAUGCCACCAUACUGCCAAACCUGUACAACUGCUCCACAUUCUACAUGUGCUCUCAGGGUGUUCCAGAGCUAAUGGAAUGCCCCAGUGGCCUGCAAUUCAACCGCAUCUUGAACGUAUGUGACCACCCAUGGCGCGCUGCCUGCGUCGCACUCCUUCUACCGGAACCCGUGCUGCCGACUACUGAAGCUCCUUUGGCCACCGAGAAGGUCGUCAUCACGAAGACCGUCAAGGAGGUCUACAGGCCUGUCGAUGAAGAAGUGCCUCUGCUGUAAACAAUAGAGCUGUUGCUGUGAAAUGACAAACACAGCCGGUGUGACAUGAAGAUCAAAAUUGAACACGUGACCACGCAAUAAAAUACCCGUAAUGUUAUUUUGGGCUUGCAAAUGGUGUUGAAUGGACGGAAUAUGGUUUGUGAAUUUGAACCCCUAAGUGAAAACGGGAGUGAACUCUGCUUAGACAGUCUUUCUGUGUUACCAUUGACGGUAAACACCUGCAUUAUCACGGUUUGCAUAAUUACGUCCCUAUCUGUAAAACUAGAGCUAUGGACUACGUCAAGCCUUGCUGACUUUUUGUCCAUGGUCCACAGCAUUGUUUUCGCGAAUGCGAAAUAAAUUUGAUUCGAUAUCUU